AUGCCUUCUUUCAUAGAUACUUUUUGGUCGGACGAUCUACAAAGUGGUUUAGAUGUACUAUUUUCUAGACUUUACCAUGGUUGUGAUCAAUGUGAUUUAUAUAUACAGAUGUUUGCUUCCCGGAUGCAAUAUGAAGUCGGUUAUGGUAAGCAACUAGCUGGUAUUAGAACGAAUAUCGAUGGACUUGAUACUGUUAUGCAUUCCAACUCCACUGAAGAUCCAAAUACAGGCGAUAAAAGCGAUGAAUCACACUCAGAUAAUAAGAAAGGUCGAUGGGAGCCUACUACAGUUGUGGCUCUUAGUGGUAUGUUAGACCAGAUGGUAGUAGAGGGAAAGCAGCAUAUCAUGAUCGCAUCGAAUAUUGAAACAAUGGUUUUACAACCGUUCAGUAAAUGGUGCACAGAACAUAGAGAGAGAGUCAAAUUUUCAGAAUCACUACUGAGUAAAAAUGUAAAGAAUUUUAAGAAAUCUAGAAUAUACGUAAAGAAAUUGGAGAAUGACUACUUCAGCAAAUGUAGGGCAUUGGAGGAUUUUAAAAAUGAAAACUUUAAUGAUGAGGAGCUUGCCGCCGCCAUGCGGGCUCUAAAAAUUCAAAAAAAAUACAUAAGUGAUAGAGAAAAGGAAAAGGAUAAUCAAAUUUUUAUUAAGCUGAAUACGCUUGAGUUGGAUCACAAAUCCACAAGGGAAAUUAUAAUAGCGUUGCUGAAAGAUCUGCCAAAGUCUGAAUUUCGUGUUCCUUUAAUUAAUUAUACCCUUAAUAAUACUAAUAGUGGUAGAGAAAUCACAGAUUUUCUAAAGACUGCUCUUUCGAUAAAAGAUCUUGAUGAGGCAGAGGCAUUUGGACAAGAGCUCCUGAAUUUAGGUUUCAUCAAGUAUUGUAAUGGUGUAGGGACUACAUUUGUGAACUCUAAGAAAUUUCAGUAUCAGUGGAAACCGUACGCAUACAAGUAUGCUCGACUAUCAUACAGUGAUGGAAGCAAUAAUGUUUUGUCAAGCUCUCUUACUAAAGACUUUGAAAAUAACGUAUCCACAUACCUUCAAGAUAUGACAACAAAGAUCUCGCAACGUGCUGUGUCUAAUGAAACUAAUGGGUCCCCUAAUGUCAAUGAAAAAGAACGCAUUUUCUUUAAACUCUUGAAGGAAAUGGAAGAUGCUGAUAAUAAAUAUUAUAAAGAAGCGUUCAAAAUGGACUCAUUGCGGUGUUCUGUAGAGGAGUUAGUCAUAGAUCACUUGUCAUUUAUGGAAAAGUGUGAAUCAGAUAGAUUAAAAGCUAUAAAGAAAGCAACGUUAGAUUUCUGUUCGACUAUGGGCAACAAAAUAACAAGCCUGAAAUUAUCAUCUGAGAAGCUAUUGGACUUUGAAGAUUCGAUAGACCCAUCUGCUGAUAUGCUGGCAUUACUAACAAAUUAUCAUACCGGUGUUUUUCAUCCAAGAGCUAUUACGUACAAUAAUUACUAUAACCCAGGAAGUUUCCAAAAUUUUGGUAUUGACUUAGAAACUAGAUGUAGGCUCGAUAAAAAGGUUGUGCCUUUGAUUAUAUCUGCUGUGUUGACGUAUAUGGAUUCAGUAUAUCCAGAUAUGAUAAAUGAUAAAAUCCGAACGUUGACGUGGAUUUCACCUGUUAAAUUGAAUUCCACACAUCAACUUCGUAGUUUGCUAAAUAAGAGACAAUUUUCUGAUGAGAAAGAAAUUCUAGAACUAUUAAAGGUUAAUGAUGUUGAAGCUAGUACCGUUGCCAGUAUAGUUAAGCUAUAUUUAUUAGAACUACCUCAGCCUUUAAUUCCCAAAGAUUUAUCUGAAGUGCUUAGCGAAUUGUAUAUACAAUUUCCCCUGGAUAUGGAUAAAAGCGGUGACAAUGAGAAUUGUGACAAUGAAUUGCAAGUCGAUGAAAACAAACACAAGAGAAUUACUGGCUUAUUUACUAUUCUUUCUUCACUUUCGAAGACUCAUUUGGCAACCUUGGAUUCCAUAGCAACGCAUUUUCACAGAUUAAUAAUGAUCUUAAAAAUGGGGGAUAAUAAAGAGGAUAUUGCUUCAACUUUUACCGAUUCUAUAUCUCAGGAAUUUGCCUCCUGUAUAAUUCAAGCAAGUACGGUUGAAGACAAUGACUUGGGCUACAAAAUUUUUUAUGACCUUCUAACAAAUAAAGAGCAUAUCUUUUCAAAUCUUAAGAGGCAAGGAUCUAAGAAGGAUUUAAAAUCGCAUAGUAAAUAG